UGGAUGCAAUGAAUAACAAGAAGCCUCUUUCUGUUAUUACUGAUGGGGAUAAAGCAAUGCGUAAAGCCAUUAAGAGGAUAUUUCCAGACUCUUGUCAUCGAUUAUGUGCUUGGCAUAUACAACGCAAUGCAUUCACUAAUGUCCAUGUCAAAGAUUUUACUAAUCAUUUUUCUAAGUGCAUGUUCAUGGAAGGCACAGUUGAAGAAUUUGAAUGUGCAUGGAAUGACAUGUUGGAAAUGUUUAAUCUUCAAGGACAUAAGUGGGUAACAGAUAUAUAUGCUAAGCAUUCUAGAUGGGCAGAGACUUAUUUAAGGGGGCAUUUCUUUGCUGGUAUGAAAAGAACACAAAGGUGUGAGAGCAUGAAUGCAUACUUGAAUCGUUUCCUUAAAACUCGUUUGAAUCUGUUUGAGUUUGUCAAGCAUUUUGAUAGAGCACUCUCACGUAUUUGUCAUAAUGAGGCAAAGGUAGAGUUUGAGACACACCAUUCUUCAGCUAUUCUAACAACCAAACUCUAUGCACUUGAGAAAUAUGCAGGGACUAUUUUCACAAGGCAAUCUUUUCUAAAAUUUAAGGAUGAGAUGAAGAAUGCAGAAUUGUUUUUCCCUGACAGUACAGAAAAUCAUGGAGGUUAUCGUGUCCAUACAUUGACCAAGUUUAGAAGCCCUAACAAGAUUUGGAAAGUAUGUUAUGGUAAUAGUGAUCGGUCUAUAAAAUGUACUUGUAUGAUGUUUGAGUCAGUUGGUUUUCCAUCUCCCCACAUGAUUGUUGUAAUGAAGAUAGAACACCUUGAAGAAAUACCUGAGACUUGUAUUAUGAAAAGGUGGUCUAAGUUAGCAAAGGAAACGGUCCAAGUUCAUCAUGACAAUGAAAGUCAAGGUGAUGCGACUAACAUCAUACGAUAUGGUGCACUCAGCUCUAUGUGCUCAUGGAUGUCUUAUUUUGCAUCUCAAUCGAAAAAAGCUUUUAAAGAGGCUAGAUGUGAAAUACAAAGACUCACUUAUCAAAUGGAAGAACUUUGUAAAAAUUCAGCGGAAGAAAGUGAACGAGAAGAUUUGAAAGCUACAAAACACCAUGUUCGAGAUCCUAUCAUUGUGAAGACGAAAGGUAAUCCAGGUAACUUAAAAGACAAAUUUAAGAAACCAAGGCAUUGUGGGAAAUGUAAGAAAGUAGAACACACUGUUCGAAAAUGCCUAGAGUUCAUCAACACUCACAAUGCAUUUAUCAACAUUGAAGAUUCAAUUGAAGAUAUGGUAUGUUCAAACACCAUUCACUAAAUUCAUUAAUUAUUCACUUUAUAGUUAUUUUUAUUUGGUUAAAUUGGUUGAAAUAAAAAAUUGAAUUCUUUAUAUUAAUACAGGGGGACAUGCCUUCAUUACUAAAUCACAACAUGGAAGGUGGAUCAAGACACGAGACAAAUGAAUUUUCUCAAAAUGUCACCAUGAACCACUUUACAUCUGGAAUUUCGGGAGCAAGUUCUACAUAUCAUAACCAAUGAGUUGUACUACAAUGCAAAAAAUAAUGUACAAAAAAAAAAAAAAAUCAACUCUUGAUUGUAUUC